AUGACAGUGUUGAAAGUGACAUUAAUACUCUGGUUGUGUUGUUUAACUCGUCAAAGGGAGUUGGAUGUGUUCGACUAUUCCGACAUCUUGUCCAUUAGAAAGGUAGAUACAGAGAAAGAACCUGUCCAUAUUUUGUAUACAAACUUCUACCGCCGAUUUCAAGAUGACCACGCAUUCAACAAGUCAACAAUUUCCCGGAUAUUUAUUACAAGUUAUAACUUCGCCACAAUCAAAGACAACACCUUUGAUAAUUUUCCAGAACUAGUGGUGCUCAAUUUAGAUGACAACGGAAUUGAAUAUCUACCCGAACAGGUAUUUGCAAAAAUACCUAAACUAAAUUAUCUUGGUUUAAAAGAGAACAAGUUAAAAACUGUGAACUUUGAUGUAGGAAACGUCGAAAUCCUGGAUCUGGGCAAGAAUCGUUUAGAGAAUUUGUCCAACGACACAUUUAGCAAAGCAACUAAACUUACCAAUCUUGAGCUAGACGGCAACUCAAUUGGAUCAUUCGAACCGCUGACCUUCCGAGGGCUGAGCAGCCUGGACGUUCUAAGCUUAAAGGAAAAUAAGAUCGAGAACAUUCCCCGUGACCUUCUCAAAUUCACCCCUGCUCUCACGCAGCUUUACCUAGACGACAACGUGCUUCAAAUCGUUGAUCCAGAGAUAUUUACGUACACGCCUCUCUUGCAAACUCUCUCCUUAAACCACAACAAAAUCGCCACUCUACAGCCAACUUCCUUAAGCACUCUGCGUAAUUUGAAGACACUCAAUUUAGGUGGCAACAAACUGUCGACGUUACACGAAGAGACAUUUAAAGGUUUAGACCAACUACUCGCACUUCAUCUGGAAGAAAACGACCUGCAACAUCUUCCAAGCGCCACUUUCCAAAACCUGCCUCAUCUCUUAAACCUGCAAUUGAAUAACAACAAACUCACGGAGCUGCCAGUUGGGCUUUUCUCAAAGUUAAAGAGUUGCUAUAACCUGGAUUUGUCAAACAACAAGCUGGUCGAGCUUCAGGACGGGGUCUUUGCAGGUCUUCAGAGUUUGUACAAAUUGAAGCUCGCCGGUAACGGCAACAUGACAAUAUCCCAGCACGCUUUUGACGGUUUAAGUUCUGUUACUAUCUUAACACUUCCGGCCUUAGAGAAUGAAGACCUUAAGAAAAUUGAGGCAUUUCAGGGUUUACAGGAGGUGACAGUUCAGGGAAUCAAUUUGGAAAAUGUGAAGAUUGGGAAUAUGAGAUUUAAGAUUAGGUACUUUGAUGUGUGGAACGUUUUGAGGGUGUAA